AUGGAUUCCAACGACAUAUACCAGGCGGCCAUUCAAUGGCACCGCGCCUUCGAAGACCGACCUCCCGAUGCGCACGUUUGCUGCCCCAAGAUUGACGACGACGAUGUCACCAACUACGACGAGCCCGAUAUUCCAGACGAGGGAGGGGCAGCUGUCGAGGAGAAGGCGCGCCGCAUCAAGGAGUACGAGCAGAGAUUCGACGUCACAUACAACCUUAGCAUUUUGAUCGGUCUCGGCAAGGAGACGGCAGGUCCGUGGCUCGACAAUUGGGUACAGGCCGUUGAGGACUGCCUCACAAGGUGCGAUGCGUGUGUGAGGAACUGGCAUCGGCGUCGUGACGCCUAUCUGAAGGGCCUCCACCUCUCGCCGGAACAUGUUGACUACAUGCAGAAGAAGCUCGACGAGUUCGACAAACAGCGUAUAGACAGGGGGCUCAAAAGCGCCCGAGCAAUUCUUGAAAAAAACGGCCCUAUGACCACGGCCAAGUUGGCUGACCAUGACAUGUCUGCUGUUUUGGCCCUAUUCGAAGCCCUCUGCUGCAUGGCAUACCUCGCUCUCCCUGAAAACAGGCAGGAUUUCAACUAUGUCUUCGAAAACACACAGCGUAAGAGGCCGCUUAGAAUGCAAGGAGGUCUCAUACCCACAAUGACCUUCUUUCUCUUUGAUGAGAUGCCAGUCAGGCAAAGGUUUGCGGAAUGCGCGUGGGAGAAGCGGACGCCUGGGUCUAUCACGGACCAGGAAUGGGACUGGGCCAUCUCUCCCCACCUGACCGACGCUAUCUUGAAGGUAUCAAUCUCGAGAGGAGUUCCACCUCCGGAAAAGAUUUGUAGAUUCUGGCGUGGCUUUCUGUUCAUCCUCCAUUGCCUGAACGAGAAACAAAUCAUCAACUCGCUCCGCGCGAUGGAAGUAACGCCCAGCGUCUACUUCCUCGCUCUCGAGCACUUGGCCACAGAUUCGGAUGAGGCACUUGCCAUGGUCCUGAAGGGUCUACGGGCGCUCAUGGAGAAAUCGCCGACUGCUUUCUGGGCUGCCUUUGACCAAGUCACUCCCAGCCAGCUUGUCGAGGAGAUUUUCAAAUGCCCAGCAUUCCGCAGGUUCCUGAACAAGUCUCUGAUGUCAGACAUGAUGGUAACCGAAGGGGGUAGCCAGGUGCCAGCCUUGGCUGCUUGGAUGAGGGCAUUCAUCCGUUCUCUGCCUUCCACUCGGCGUUCCGAUGCUUGCGAAUCGCUUCUUCGGCACCUCUUUGACACCUUCCGCCGAGAUCCCACUUGCGACCGAGCCGCUCAAGCCACCUGCACUCUCGCGGGCCUCGUCACCCUGAGCGAGUCCCUGGAUGGUUUCCUCCACCAAGAGACGCCCUUCGACACAGGAACCGCCCUCAUCAUGGUCAAUCAAUUACUCAACAGGGUCGUGCAGUACAGUGACGUGAUCAUUUCCGCGGCUAGUCUCAGGCCUGGAGACACGUUCAAUGUCGGGCUCUCCCAAGCAGCCAUGUCUAUUACGCACUCUGCGCUUGCGCUGGACGCCAGAGCCACCGAGAUUGAGUGGAGAGCCUUGAUCGAGGAGACUCCAGUCCAGGACGCCGUGAACAGGGAUUCAGGGGCGCUUUGGGAAUGUUUCCUCGAGAUGCUCUGGUACGGCCAGCUUGGGCAUGUCGAGCUCGCUAAAUCUAUGCUGAUGGCCACCCUGCGGCUGAGGAAUAUUGAACAGUUCAUUCCGAAGCGGAAGGAGACCUUGAAAAGGGAGCAGGAAAAGUUCAACCAAAGGUAUCAGCAACAGACGGUGGCAAUAGGGAAGAUGCUGGGCCGCCUCUCCGACUUCAAACGGGAAGAGCUGAAAAAGUUCUGCUCUGAGCGCCAAAGCCCGACGAUACACCCCAUAGUAUCGUCGCUGAUCCACGGCGAAGAUGCGAUCCGUGAAGCUGGUUUCGAACUGGUCAAAGCCAUCACAGGCGAAGACUUACCCUCGGACGCGGUGAACAAGAUGCUGGAGGACUACUUCAGCCCCUUCCUGGAUGCCUUCUCGGAGGCGGUAAACAAGGUCACGGCUAUCAAGGAUAUCAGCAGUCCUUGGAGCCACAUGAUUCCCAUCCUAAAGUGCAGCGAGUUCGUUCUCAACGGCCUAUGCGAUCCUUCUGUAGGCCAGCUAAGGCGGAAGGCUCUCACCACGGAAGAGUACACCGCAGUUAAGCGCUGGUGGGAGUGCGUAUGGCAUGCGGUCGACCACUCCUUCAGAAUGAUGCGAGUCUGGCACAUUAAGGUUGACAAGAAGAUCAUGGAGGAUUUCUGCCGCGACGUCAUGGAGCUGGCCAACAAGCUCCUGGCUCAAGACGGUGUGAUGGCCUCCGCUCUAAGCCAGCACAGCAGCAACAGCACUGCGCCAAACGGGGAUUCCACGACGAAUGCUAUGAGAGGCGUCUUGGAGCCUCCCGGGAAGCACUCGUUCGCUCUCGCUGACAUGCUGCAGCUCAGAGACAAGUAUCUCAUCAUGGGCAUCAUCGAGGUCAUUAAGAAACUCCUAGCAAGGUUGAAGCAGCACGACAUGGAUCUGCCCCCAAAGACCCUGGCCCAUCUGGGGAACAUGCUCAAGAAGAGGAGGCUCGCUGAUGGAAGGAUAGACUAUGCCCAGAAAACCAACCUGACCAAUGAGCAACGGAUCGAGCUGCUCAAAGCCCUUGGGGAGGAUGCAGUGAUUGAGGAGCAAUUCAUGGGCGGCCGACCUGGCGAGAAGGAAGCAAAGGAAAAGAAGCAGAGCAGGCUCGACUUCUCCAAGGCGGGCUUGAAUUUGUCCGCCGCCGUGAAAGAUCAUAUUUCCGAGAUCACGCCAAACUUCGAGAAGCGCAAGCCGAGUCUUCUAUCAUCUCUCAAGGAGGAAGGCUUGAAGGCCAAACAACCGGUCAAGUUAAGUGAGAAGGCGAUCCUCGCGACCCAGAUGUCUAUCAAGGAAGCUCGAGCCCGGGAGAAGGCUGAGAAAGCAAAAAGAGACGCCGAGGCUAUUGCCAAAGCGAAGGCUUUAAGGGCACCCAAGACCGUCCCUGGGGAGGGAUCUGGCCUACAGGGCAUCGCUGGUGUCCGGGGCAAAGACCAUGCUCCGGCCCUGAAGGAUGAGAUAAUGGUUGGCUCUUCCGAAGAGGAAGAGGAAUCGGACGACGACGAAGACGAGCUUAUAGCACUCAAAGCAAAGGAAAAAGCCAAGACCCUGAACGACGCUGACCGUCGUCGUAUGCUCCUACUGGCCGAGAAGCGUGGGCCCGUGAAGAAGGUGAAGCAACAGAGGUCCGCGAAGGAUAUGCGGGCACGCCUGAUUCCACCGAUGGAUGUACUACACCAGGCCAUAUUAGAAUGGGACAUUUUCCACGAGGGCAACGACCCGCCCAACGGCUAUCGUUGCGAGAACGUCUCCAACACCUAUACCGACCCUCACAGCUACAAGCAGACCUUCUUCCCGCUGCUCGUCAACGAAGCGUGGCGUUCCUUCGUGACUGCGAAAGACGAAGCUACUUCCAAGCCCUUUGGCAUCAAGGUGCUCAACCGCAUGACGGUGGACAAGUUCAUGGAGGUUACCGCGUCAGUGCCAGCCGCUGUCAACAAAGAUCGAGGCCUGUCAGAAGGCGACAUCGUGAUUGUAUCUCAAGGGGAAGAUCCGUUGAACCAGCCGUCCGAACUACAUUGUCUCUCGCGGAUAUGGAAAACAACCUACAAGAAGGAUAUUGUCGAGGUUGUCUACCGCCUGAAUGCCAGAGGAAACCAGAUCUUACCGGCUCUACUGCCGGGCGCCGAGUUUCAAGUUGUCAAAAUCACGAACAUGACGACAAUCGAGCGAGAGUACGCAGCCUUGGAGAGCUUGCAGUACUAUGAUCUGAUGGGCGAAGUGUUGAGGGCCGAACCAUCGCCGAUGCUGACGUUUGGCGACGAGGCGGUCAAGGGGGUAAUGGAGAACUACCAACUCAACCCGGGUCAAGCGCGUGCCAUUCUGAAUGCCAAGGAGAACGAUGGCUUCACUCUGAUUCAGGGCCCGCCUGGCACUGGCAAAACCAAAACCAUUGUCGCCAUGGUCGGCUGUCUUCUUACCGGUGUUCUCAAGUCAUCUAACGGUGCUGUGCCGAUUGCUAGACCCGGUGCCGCCACCUCGAAUGGGCAAGCUACCUCCAAGAAGCUGCUCGUGUGCGCUCCCAGCAACGCCGCUGUUGAUGAGUUGGUACUGCGUUUGAAGGCUGGUGUGAAGACGAUGAACGGCACGUUCCACAAAAUCAAUGUACUGCGUCUCGGCCGUAGCGAUGCCAUCAACGCAGCCGUCAAAGAUGUCACACUAGAUGAGCUAGUCAAGGCUCGUAUGGAUGCCGAACUCAAUAACGGCGGGCCCAGCGACCGGGAGACGCUGCACAAGGAGGCUGGCGAGAUCAAGAACAAAAUUGCCGAACUGCGGCCACAGCUGGAGGCGGCUCGAGAGGGAAAUGACCGGGCUUUCACCAUGAAGUUACAGCGAGAGUUUGACGAGCUCAAACGUCGCCAGGCGCACAUUGGGGCCAAGAUCGAUGCUGACAAGAGCGGAGGGAAUACGCUAGCCCGUGAGACUGAAAUAAAGCGCCGGCAGAUCCAGCAAGAGAUACUUGACAAGGCGCAGGUCUUGUGCGCAACUCUGAGCGGCAGUGGGCAUGAGAUGUUCAAGAACCUUAACGUCGAAUUCGAAACGGUCAUCAUUGACGAAGCUGCUCAGUGUGUGGAGCUGAGCGCCCUUAUCCCGCUUAAGUACGGCUGCACGAAGUGCAUCCUUGUCGGAGAUCCCAAGCAGCUCCCCCCGACGGUCCUGUCACAGUCGGCUGCAAGAUACGGCUACGACCAGAGUUUAUUCGUCCGAAUGCAGAGAAACCACGCUAAGGACGUGCAUCUGCUCGACAUGCAAUACCGUAUGCAUCCGGAGAUCAGCAUGUUCCCCAGCAAGGAGUUUUACGAAGGGCUGCUCCAAGACGGCGCCGACAUGGCAAGGCUGCGGCUUCAGCCCUGGCAUCAAAGCGUUCUGCUCGGUCCUUACCGAUUUUUCGACGUAAAGGGCUCGCAGUCACGGGGCCCCAAAAACCAGUCCCUGGUGAACGAGGAAGAGCUCAAAGUGGCGAUGCAGCUGUAUCGCCGUUUCCGCACAGACUAUAGUAAUGUCGACUUGAAGGGCAAGAUUGGCAUCAUAACCCCGUACAAGGCGCAGUUGUUCCGGCUGCGGCAGAGAUUCACGGAGGUGUACGGCGAGGGGAUCAAGGAGGAGAUUGAGUUCAACACGACCGACGCAUUCCAGGGCCGCGAGUGCGAGAUUAUCAUUUUUUCGUGCGUCCGAGCAAGCCCGACUGGCGGUAUCGGUUUCAUGACGGAUAUCCGCCGUAUGAACGUCGGUCUGACGCGUGCCAAAUCGUCGUUGUGGAUCCUGGGCGAUUCGAGGGCGCUGGUGCAGGGCGAGUUCUGGGCCAAGCUGAUUGAGGAUGCAAAACAGCGCGACCGGUAUACGAACGGAAACAUCAUGGCCUUGCUGAGCCAGCCGGGUCAGAAGUUGUCGUCUUCGGCCUUUGCAUCGCUUGGUGCAGCUCCCACGGCGAUGAGACAUGACGCUGUGCAAAGCGAUGGGGAUGUGGAUAUGCCUGACGCCGCGGAGCCACAACAAUACCUCCAACAGCGGGUAGCCCAGGUAACGAAACCAAAUGAAGACCGGGACGUGGUGACACCUCCGGCGCAGCCUUACCGUGGCGCAGGUAUCGGCGGCCUCAAUGAAAGGGGAGAGGUUAUCUCAACGGCACCGCGAGGCGGGGGACUGCCAAUUAUCCAAUCCACUGCUGGAGCUGGCGGCAAGAAACGGCGUCGCGAUAGCGACGCCAGCAGCCGCUCAAGCAUCGCAAAGAAGGCGCAUCACACCGAAGAAAACAAGAAUCAGUCCAACAAGACGGCUGCUGCGACGCACCAUAAACAGCAGCAGUCGAAAGCGCCGCCGGUGGAUCCCUCGGCGAUGGAAGUCCUGGGCUUGGUUCCGCCCACGCGAGCACCUCCUCCUAAUGCUACUCAGCCGCCGCAGCCUCAGUCGAGACCCCCUCCUCCGCAGCCACACAUCCGGCCCCCUGGGGGUAAUGGACCUCCUAAGCCGCCGAAGCCCCCUGGUGGUCCGGUGACACUUCCCAAGAGGUCAACGGCGGAUCCGUUCAUCAGACGGAAGCCGCACAAGCGUUGA